AUGACAGAUUCCUCCACGAUAGACAAUGAUACGUCAGAAUGUCCUAGCGACGCGGUAUCCUUCCCGCUUCAGGAAUUUCCUGCUGAGAUCCGAGAGAUGGUCUGGAUAAUGGCCGCCGAGCAGGCUGCAGACGCGUUCAGACACAAAUACCCCGACUUCAACCGCUUUUGGUAUACUCAGCAUAGGCCCCCCUAUCUUUUUUUCACAGCGCACACGAUAGAUAAUAUAGGCGAUCCCGAUCCCGAUCCUUCCAUUGUACGAGACUUGCGAGAUUUCUUCUGGCCGCUCUUCCUAGUGAAUACGGAAAGUCACGCAAUCGUCAGCCGAUAUAUCAUUCUGCUCCAUCAACGAAAAAAAGCGCCCCGGCUCGCUCUCAAUUUCGUUGAUGUAUUCCCUCUGAGAGGAGAUCUGCUUGACUCCGUCAUCCAGUUCUCAAGUCGAUCAAGUGAUGCACUAAGAAGCAAAGCUGGCAUGGGAUUUUGUGUUCGAUAUCCCUCGGUGCUACAAACCGCUUACGAAGACCAGUUGGAAGAAGUUACCUUGGCCAUGAACGUGUCGAUCCGCGCUCAGAUAUUCAAACAAUCCGAGGCCGACCAAGCACGUCUAUCAAUGCUGCUUCGAUUUAGAAACCUGAAGAGAGUGUACAUUGAUGUGAGUGACCUGUAUCGUGGAGAAUUGGGAUACAUCAAAGGCAGAGAAGUAGGCAUCUUGGUAGAACUGAGCGAGUUCCGCAACGGCAAAUUCAAGAUGAAGUACAAGGACUUCGACAGCUUCUCCCAAGCGUACAAAGAGAGGUGCAAUAGUCUCAGCGGAAAUGGUGAUGCUCGUGAGCCCACUCAUCCAGUUGCGGAAGUAUGGAAUGACGUGCAGGCAUAG